AUAACUGGGAGGAGCCAAAAUACUUUGGUACCGCCUUCAGAAAGCUGCCGUCGCAUAUUUCUCAAAAAGUCAAUUAGUUCAAUUAACAUUUUAGUGGGUGGUUUGUAGGAGCUUAGAAAAGUGUGUUAAAACUAUUUUUUCAGGAGAUUAUAUCGAACUCAAAUGAAAAAUGCCCCGAAAAAAACGGCCUUCUUCGGAAAUGGAAGACUCAGACGACGAAAUGGACGAAUCCAGACUGCAUCCUCAAAGGAAUGCCGCUAACGCCAGAGAAAGAGCUAGAAUGAGAGUGUUGAGUAAGGCAUUUUAUAGAUUGAAGACGACACUACCUUGGGUACCAGUGGAUACCAAAUUAUCAAAAUUGGACACUUUGAGGCUGGCAACAAGUUAUAUCGCGCAUUUAAGAACUAUUUUGAUGGAUCAGAAUCUAACCUCUUCGGAAAUGCUCCACAAGCAUCCUCUGACAUUGACAUGGCCGUUCAGUUUCGUAAAGCACGAAAGUUUUAAUUCAGACGGAAGUGAGGCCAAAGCGGCUGCUGACUUCUUUCCUUCUUCCUGGAGCGAUAUGGUACCUUCCAUCCAACCACCGAACGCUGUCAUCGAGGAUAAGGAUGUAUCCUAUUACUACUAAUUUAUGCCUCUUCGAAGAUCCCUUUCUGCACCUCUAGAGAUUUAAAACCAACCGCAAAAUGUGGGACUAUUUAUAAUAUUUGAAUGAUUGGACUAGAGUUUGAACAAAUUGUUAAGCCCUCGUAAAAGAGGGAGGAGAUAUCGGGAAAAGUAAUUUAUAAUCAUCCCUAUUUAUUGCUUCGACCCGAAUUUAUCUUUGGCUAAUAUUUAUUUGUGGAUUAAGUUAUUAGGUUACAUGAUAAUGUAUAUCUACCUAAAGAUUUUCAACUUUCGUCACAUUCUGAAGAUACUCCAUAGGAUAGGAAUGAUUAAUGAUUUUAUGUGAGUAGGUAGGUCAGUUCAGACGAGAGGAAUAUUGUAAAGUAUUUAUUUAUUUAUGAAUUAUAAUAUUUAUAAUGAUUAGUCUUUAUUUUCCUUUUUAUAUGUUUGAAAUAAUUGUUGCAUGUUUUUUCUUCUAUUUGUGAGCAUUGAAUUUAUUUGAUUAUUUCAUUUAUUCAUAACGAAUAAAAUGAACAAAGAAUUAAUUUGCUAAAU